UUUCUGCUGUAGGUGUGUGGGGUCGGGCUAGGUUUAAUCGUAGCACUUCACAUUUAUACAGAAAUGUGAGUUGUAAUUGUGAUUGUUAUCAUUUAUACAUAAUUUCCCCCCUUUUGUGCCUAAAUUAAAGCUGCAGUUUAGAGCUAAGGAGCUUAGAACCAGAGAAAGAGACAAAACAGCAGACACUCACUACCGGUGGGAUGAAGUUUUUUUCUAAAUGCUUGGGCAUCAACAGGACCUUUUCUCUGAUAUGCUGCAUGUUCUGGAUUUUCUCACCGGCAGAAGGAAAAACCAUCUCAGAGGUGAUGGGCAGCAGAGUGAUCCUGCACUGUCGGAACAAGUCAAUCAACAAGCUCAUUCAGCUGACAUGGAAAAUGAACGACGUUACCCUGUUCAGCUUCACCCCGCUGAAACCCUUACACGUCAGCCCAGAAGCGCUCAGCCUCAACAUACGCAUGUCAGAGUCAGAGAGCCAACUGCACACACUGAUCAUAGAGAGAGCCCAGAAGUCUCACACUGGAAACUACACCUGUGAGACCAACACGGCUGCAGGACCUGAGGAACAGACGUGGGAGCUGAUAAUUACAGAGAAUGUGGACGUUAAAAAAUGGAAAAAGCUUGUGAUUGCUGUGGCUGUGCCUUGUGUGUGUUGCCUGAUCCUUAUAAUUGCUUUGGCCAUUCUGCUAAGGGCCUGCAAACGGCGUACAGAAACUGACAUUCAUUCUCCAACGGCAGAAAUGCAGGAACAAACAGAAGAUAUUUAUGAAAAUUGCCUGGAAGCUGCUAAUAGAGAGCGACGACGCUAUAAUCAGCCUUACCCUUACAAAGCCAGGACUCACAAUAUGAAGUGAAGUCCAAGGGAAAGUGAAAGGGAAGAGGACAGCAAAAAGAAACACAGUAGUGGAACUGAACAUAUUUUUCAUAUCCUCUGACUUUGUUACUUUCACUAAUGUCAUAUAUAUAUAUUAUUUACACUUUUUAAAUAUGCUGUAUGUAAUGAAGAGCAAAGUCUUUGCUUAAAGCUGUAUAUAAAUGUUUUCUGGUCACCAGAGGCGGCAGAGUAAGCUGAAAACACCUGACAUGUUACCACUUUAUAAAGUUGUUAUUGUAAAUCUGUUCUCAGAUAGUUGCCUAUUUUCACAUCUAUAUAUUUUCUGAGGGGGUUUCCACCAACACCUGAGAAAUAUCUGCCUCUUAAUGUGCUAAAUGCUCCAAUAUGUUCUCUGGCUAGUG